GACAGUGCACUUCUUUCAUUUCCAUCUUUGCAAGAUCUCCAUUUUCUUCGGCCCUACGCACAGGAAAAGGGGAUUAAAGACGAGGAAAAAUGAAUGAAGAAUACGAUGUUAUCGUGCUGGGAACUGGGCUAACGGAAUGCAUCCUGUCUGGGAUCAUGUCCGUGAAGGGGAAGAAGGUGCUGCACAUGGACAGGAACUCGUACUAUGGCGGGGAGAGUGCCUCCAUCACCCCCCUGGAGGAUUUGUUCAAGCGUUUCAGCCUUCCAGGCAGCCCUCCUGAUUCCAUGGGGAAAGGCCGCGACUGGAACGUGGACCUCAUUCCAAAAUUUCUAAUGGCCAACGGUCAGCUGGUUCGUAUGCUGCUGAUCACACAGGUGACGCGUUACCUGGACUUUAAAGUGAUCGAGGGCAGCUUCGUCUACAAAAAGGGCAGCAUCUACAAAGUGCCCUCCACUGAGACAGAAGCACUGGCAUCCAGCCUCAUGGGACUUUUUGAGAAAAGACGUUUCAGGAAGUUCCUUGUGUUUGUUGCCAACUUUGAUCAGAAUGACCCAAAGACCCUGGAGGGUGUGGACCCCAACAAGACCACCAUGCGAGAUGUGUACAAAAAGUUUGACCUCGGGCAGGAUGUUGUGGACUUCACAGGCCACGCUCUCGCUCUGUACCGCACAGAUGACUACCUGGAUCAGCCCUGCAUAGAGACGAUAAACAGGAUUAAAUUGUACAGUGAGUCUUUGGCGAGGUAUGGAAAGAGUCCAUAUUUGUACCCUCUCUAUGGCCUGGGAGAGCUGCCCCAAGGCUUCGCCAGAUUAAGUGCCAUUUAUGGAGGAACAUACAUGCUAAACAAGCCCAUUGAGGAGAUUGUCAUAGAGAACGGCAAAGUGGUGGGCGUCAAAUCGGAAGGAGAGAUUGCACGCUGUAAGCAGCUGAUUUGCGACCCCAGCUACUUCAAGGACCAAGCCAAGAAGGUUGGUCAGGUCAUCCGGGUCAUCUGCAUCAUGAGCCACCCCAUCAAGAGCACCAGUGAUGCCAACUCCUGCCAGAUCAUCAUCCCUCAGAAUCAGGUCAACAGGAAGCACGACAUCUACGUGUGCAUGAUCUCCUACGCACACAAUGUGGCAGCACAGGGUAAAUAUGUGGCCAUUAUCAGCACCACUGUGGAAACCAACGACCCCGAGAAAGAGAUCAAACCAGCCCUAGACCUUCUGGAACCGGUUGAGCAGAAGUUUGUGAGCAUUAGUGACCUGCACGCACCAACUGACAUGGGAUUGGACAGUCAGAUCUUUAUUUCUCGCUCCUAUGAUGCCACAACCCACUUCGAAACAACCUGCGAUGACAUCAAAGACAUCUACAAGCGAAUGACGGGCACAGAGUUUGACUUUGCCGAAAUGGAACGCAAGAAGAACGACAUCUUCGGAGACGGGGCCGACCAGUAAACCAGCUCCAGCUGCUCUUGAAUAUCACAUAUUCAGACGAUCAUAAUCUUAAUGUAAAAAAAGAAAAAAAAAAGAAAAAUGGGCAAGCUGGCUAUGCACGUGUAUGUUUUGCCCAUAAUGGAAUUUCAUGUAAACCAUUACAAAUUUAGCAUUUUCAGGGGGAGAGGGGGAGAAGGUUCUGCCAGUCUGCUUUUUAUAAUCAGGAAAUGAGAUAUAUGUUGCACCGAUUGUAUAUCAAUGCCCUAUAUUCAGUUACCAUCAUGAGAUUUUUAUCUCAGCGUGCUUAGACAUGGUAUGUGUUAAGUCCAAAUAUGCCAAAUGAUCAGAUGUAUUCAAGUGAUGUGAAGAAAUCUGUAUUUGAAAAAAAUUGGUGUUUUCUUUGAACAUGGUAAGCAGCAGACGACUGGUGAAAGAAGUGAUAUGAUCUGUUGAGUUCUGUCAGGUUAACAGCACAUGUUUUUUUCUCAAGUUAUUUUCAGACAAAACUAUCUACUUAGAAGAUAACUUCCAGGGAGACAUACUAUUUUCCUACAAAUUACAACUGGUGCUUCAACUAGUUACGAAUCUUCUGUUCUCAAUAUAUCUCCUAUUCCUGCGUUUACACUUUGAAUGGAAGCAUCAAGCACACACAGUGUAGGUAAUCGUUCAUGUAACCUGUGUCCAACCAUGCAGUAUUCAUUUCGCAAUACGCUGAUGUGAUUCGGACCCCCUAUUAGCUGUUAAUUGUGCUACUUGUUGGAAGGGUGGGAGUUUGAUGGCGUUUUCUUCAGCUUUGUCUUGCAUCUCUUUUCUGAUGGGUAAUGCGUGAUUUUAAGGCCACUAAACAGGAAGGUUAUCACACGUCAAUGGGAAAAGCUGCUUAACUGUUAGUCUGGAAUCUGCUUGUCUAGUGUGUGUUGGAGCUCGCCUUCUCCCUCACCUCAGAGCGCACAGAGAAGCAGGUAGUAUCUGCCAAGUUCUCAACACCUCUGAUGUGUUAGAAUGGACCAAAAUGUCUGGCAGUAUUGACAUGACCAUGGCCCUGCGCAAAAAUGUCACCGAUGUUUUAAACAAAUGCUGAACGAACGGGGCUCAAAUGAUUUCUGUACUGCAAAGUAAAAAUGUUAACUUGUGGAAAA